AUGUUUUCGUCUCUCCGUCUCGCCAGAGUAGUUGAGAAGAUUAGGAAAUUACCAAUCCGUAGAUCACAUGUUAUUGGUAUUGACCUUGGCACUACAAACUCUUGCGUGUCGAUAAUGGAAGGUCAGAGUCCUCGAGUUAUAGAAGAUUCGGAAGGAAAUCGAACAACACCUUCAGUAGUUGCUAUCACUGAUUCCGGAGAUAUUCUUGUUGGUCAUCCAGCACGGCGACAACGUAUUAGCAAUCCUCAAAACACAUUUUAUGCUACUAAGCGUCUAAUUGGUCGGCGGUUUACAGAUCCAGAUGUUCAAAGGGAGUUGAGCAAUUUCGCAUUCACCGUGGUUAUGGGGAAGAACGAAGAAGCCUCUAUGUGUGCAAAUAGCAAAGUGUAUUCACCUACUGAUGUGGCGUCGUUAAUUUUGAAACGAAUGAAAGAAAUCGCAGAAAACUAUUUGAAAACCGAUGUAAGUAAAUGCGUUAUCACAGUACCUGCAUAUUUCAACGAUUCUCAGAGACAGGCAACUAAAGCAGCUGGAAAGAUGAUUGGUCUAGAUGUUCUACGUAUUAUCAAUGAACCUACUGCUGCCGCACUUGCCUACGGUUUAGACAAAUCAAAUGAUAAAAUUGUAGCUACUUAUGACUUAGGAGGUGGUACUUUCGAUGUAUCAAUCCUUGAAAUUGAAAAGGGUGUUUUUGAAGUUAUAUCAACAAAUGGAGAUACAUUUCUUGGUGGUGAAGACUUUGAUAACAGAAUCCUUCAAUUUUUUGUCUCAUAUAUCAAGGAUAAGUAUGGAUUUGAUGCAACCGAAAAUGUUAUCGCACUGCAGCGUUUGAAAGAGUCAGCAGAGGCAGCGAAAAUCGAUCUUUCAAAUGCUACUGAAGUUGUGGUGAGUUUACCACAUUUCUUCACAGACUCAUCUGGACCGAAACAUGUAUCACUGGAAUUUACACGUAGUCAAAUGGAAUCUCUAGUCGAGGAUUUGGUACAACGGACUGUGUUACCGUGUCAAAAAGCCUUAUUGGAUGCUAAUUUAAAACCUUUUCAAGUAAAGGAGGUUAUCUUGGUUGGAGGUAUGACUCGUAUGCCAAAAAUCCACGAAGUUGUAGAAAGCAUAUUUGGGCGUGCUCCUAACAUAACUGUUAAUCCCGAUGAAGCCAUUGCUAUGGGCGCUGCUAUACAAGGUGCAAUUUUAAGUGGUGAUGUUUCAGAUGUCCUGCUGUUGGAUGUAACACCAUUAUCGUUAGGCAUUGAAACGUUAGGCGGUGUUAUGACUAAAAUGAUCCAUCGUAAUACAACUAUUCCAACUAAAGUGACUCAAGUAUUUACAACGGCUGUUGACAACCAAACUCAAGUAGAAUUUCGUGUUUAUCAAGGUGAAAAAGAAAUGGUAGCUGAUAAUAUACUUUUGGGUGAAUUUACUUUGGUAGAACUUCCACCUGUUCCACGUGGUCUGGCAAGAAUUGAAGUCACUUUUGAUAUUGAUGCUAAUGGUAUUGUAAAUGUAUCUGCUAAAGAUAUGAAGACUGGAAAAAAACAAGAAAUUGUAGUCAAUGCGAAAAAGACAACUGUUAAUCGUGAACAGGUUGAACAAAAUCAAUUAUCUGAUCAACAAAAGUAUCAACUAGCUGAAGUUAUUCGUCAAACUUAUUCCCUUAUUGAAGAUGUUGAAGAGAAGGUUGGUGAAUUCAAGGCGAAACUACCCACAGGGCCUACAAACGAUGUUUUAAACUUAUUGGCUUCUACCAAGAAGAAAUUAAAGCAAAAUAGUGAAGAAUUAUCUGUAUCUGAUGUUGAAAAUAUGGCUAAAAAGAUACAAGAUAUCACGUUGAAUCUUUUUACUAAUCAAACUUCUAAGAAUUGA